AUGACACUCGAAUUUCCUUCCAUUCAUGAAAAAAAACUUCCCGGUGAUAUCAAAAUAGUUUGGCCAACAGUGAAAUCGAAAGAUACUGACACUCUUUAUCGAAUCACAGGUUCACUUGUUGGCUUAGCAGUAGGGGAUGCACUUGGAGCAAGCGUCGAAUUUCGUCCUCAACAAUAUCUCGCCGCCUAUCCUGUUACUGACAUGGUGGCUGGAGGUACAUGGGGUUUACAAGCAGGUCAGUGGACCGAUGAUACUUCAAUGGCACUAUGCCUUGCUUCAUCACUGAUCACUCAAAAAGAUUUCAAUCCUUAUGACCAGAUGGUUCGUUAUAAAUGGUGGUAUAAAAAUGGGUAUUUAUCUUCAACGGGACAUUGUUUCGACAUUGGUAACUCAACACGUACUUCAUUGGAAGAAUUCUAUCAUCGUCAGAUGCGGUUAAAGAAAGAUUAUAACUAUAAAACCGAAUCUGAGGUCGAUCAAUUGCCUCUAGAGUUCAUUAAGCGUGCUCAGUUUGAUGUCAAUUGUAGUGGACCAGACAGUGCUGGAAAUGGAGCUCUGAUGCGUCUUGCUCCUGUACCACUUUUCUUCUACCGAAAACCUGCUGUGGCUGUCGAUCUUUCAGGCCAAAGUGCUCGUCUUACACAUGGCGAUGAUGUAGCUUUCGAUGCAUGUCGUUACUACGGAGCUCUGAUCGUUGCUGCUGUUAAAGGGGAAUCUAAAGAAAGUCUAAUCAGCAAUGAAUUUUAUAACUGUCAUCAAAAAUGGUUUGGUUCGAAACCUCUUCAUGAUGACGUUGUGCGUAUCGCCAGAGGAUCUUUCAAACGACCAGGAGGUUAUAAAGAUGGAAUUCGAGGCAAAGGACACAUUGUUUUGGCCCUUGAAGCAGCGUUGUGGGCAUUCUGGAGUACAGAUACAUUCGAAAAAGGUGCACUCAAUGCUGUUAAUCUAGGCGAUGAUACAGAUACUACAGCAGCUAUUUAUGGUCAAUUAGCAGUAGUUGAUGGACCAACUCGAUUAAUUCAAAUGUUAUUCCAGUAUUUAUAUCUAUUAUCAUUGUUUAAAACAUGUUCAUAG